GUUGGUUUAGCUCCACCCCCUGCAUCCGCCAUCUCCUGUUCCUACAUGGGAAGGCGGGCGAAUUUGAAAGAAGAGUAUAUUCGUUUACGUCAAAAAACAUAGAAAUUUGUAUUAUUUGUUUUAUACAAUUCCACAGAACCGACCAUACAGCAGAUUGGACCGUGUAAGUAAAGCUAAGGCACAACAACUUUAGUAUAACGUUGCAUGCAUCGUUUUUGUUGUAAUCGUGGCAUUGUUCAUUUCUCGUGUGUCCGUCGUGUUGGCUAACGUUAACUGUCUAGCAACAGUUUGCCGUUUCUGGAUCUGUAACGUUAUUGUCUUGCAAGAUGAGCAACAAAACCACACGAUUACCGUCGAGGAAAAGCAGCGAUGAAAUCAGAGAUUCAAACGGAAAGAGUCCACCACGAAGGAGGUCCUGCAGGUUGUCUGCAAAUGAUGAAAGUCUGGCCUCUAAAGUUGUGGCUCCACCUGUGGCUGUGAAACGGUCAAUCACUGUUAGGAAAAUUGCACCCAGGAAAACUCAGGCCCUGUCUGACAAUAACAAGGAGAAUGUGGAAAGAUUAUCUGUAGUGCCGACAAAGCUGUCCAGAGUCUUGACAUCGUCCCCAGCUGUGGCAACAGUGCCCAAGACAGCUGUUCUCUCGCCCAUCCUGCCUCCUUCCUCUCCAUCUUCUCACCCCAAAGAAUCGGAGCAGGACCCCGUUUGGUCCCAAAAAGUGCGACGCUCCUACAGUCGCUUGAGUAUGGGGGAAAAGUCCUUUGAAAGCCCCAAAUCCUGUCAUGCACCUUCCACUUCUCCCAACAACCGAGAGACCCUGUUUGGUUUUGAGAGGCUUCAGACACCUGAGGUGAUGCGUAAAACUGAGGGAUCUAGAGUAGCUCCUCUGGGCUCUAUGUCCAUCUCACUGGGUUCUUUCAACAUGUCCGCUGCUGAUGACAGCACGUCAAACCCACCAGAAAUUGAUCAAAACAUCCCAGGUGUGUGCCUGGGGAAGAAGAAGACAACCAGGCGGAAGCGCGUACAACUGAUAAAGAUGUCAGAGUUGGACGUUCUUGCUGCAAAGAUGAAUGCUGAGUUUGAGGAAGCCGAAAGUUUUGAACUGGUUGUUGAAUGAAAUUUCUAAAGAGCCCCAUGCGCUCAGGACAUUUUCAGGACACGUCAUACCUUUCAGCUUAUUACUUUUAUUAUUGUUUAUUAUGCUUACUGCCCGCUGUUUCUUCCUGUUCACAAAAUCUUAACUUGGCAUGUUUAAAGAGAUCAAACAGUUUUGUUCUGAUAAUUUUUCAAAAUGCCACAAUCAUCAGUAAAUCUCUAAAUUACAAUGGUGAAAAACUUGUUGGUCUUUCUUUUUGGUUAUUUCAGUGUUUUUUGUUGUUUGUUGUUGUUUUUCAUAUUUGAUGAAUCCGUUUUGUUAACUUUUGUCAUUUUAAUAAAUAGCCUUUUGUAGUAGUA